AUGUCCUAUUCUCUCUCUAAAGAGUACGAGGAAAGAAGCUUCUAUGCUGGCCGUGAUAUCUCGUGGUACGCUUACAGUCUCAUUUCUGCUACCUGUAAAAGUGAAGCGAUGCAGGUUUUCAAAAAAAGAGAAGCGGAUGAUGAUCAAAAGAUGCCUGUGGUGACCGCGGUUUCGGCUGUUGCAGAGGUUCCAAGUGUGGCUCCUGUGAUGGCUUUAGGGGUAGCUGCGGUGGUAGCUUCUGAGACAGUUCCUGCGGUGACUCCAGUGACCGCAGUGGUGACUGCUGAAGAGGGUCCUGGUGUGGCUCCUGUGCUGAUUCCUGGCGUGGCUGCUGCGGUAGUUCCUGGUGUGGCUGCUGUAGUUUCUUCCGGGGUGGCUGCUGUGGUGGCUUCAGUGGUGGCUUCAAUGAUAGCCUCUGAGACAAUUCCUGUGGUGGCUCCAGUGACCGCGGUGGUGGCUGCUGCGGAGGCUCCUGGUGUGGCUGCUGUGGUGAUCUCAGGGGUGGCUGCAGUGAUAGCCUCUGAGGCCAUUUCUGCGGUGGCUUCACUUGAGAUCGCAUUUUUGGCUUCCACGGUAGUCUUUGGUAUGACUCCAGUAGUGGCUCCACUGGUUGCUGCGAUGGUAAUACUUGCUCCUUCUGUGGCUCCCAUUGAGAUGCCUUGUACAGCUCCCAGUGUGCUACCCGCAACAGAAGAGUCGUUUUCAACGCUAGCAAUGAUCGCUACGCUGGAAUCAUUGCUGGCAUGGUUCAUAGUUCUGAAAAUAAAGUGUUGA